AUGUGGGGCUCUUCGAACACGGUUACAAAUGAUCACCAUUCGAAUGCCGAUAAUGAACCGUUGAUGAGUUCAAGGCAAGAAGCACGUUUCGCCACUCUAGAAGUCCAACAUCACAGUCCAUAUUCAGAAAACUUUACGACACAUCGUGAUCUCGAAACUGAGGAUGACCUCGAGAAUUCCUUUGAGGACAAAAAUGAAGAUGACCACACCAUAGGUUCCGCCGCACCUUUCUCUGGAACUUCGAACCGGAAGUGCUCACGCUUUCGGGUCAUCAGUACUGCGGUGACCUUCGCCUUCAAGGCCUCGGGGACCAUCUUCUGUACCCUCCUUACGGGUGUCGUCAUCUAUGGCUUGGUCACGAAUUCUAUCUUUCCGGCAAAUGAAACCCUCAAGGUGGAAGAGAACUCGCCAGUGUGCUCUGCUGAUAGUUGGUCCAAUGGAAGAUGGGUUUCAAGAAAUGAGACCGCUCCCGUACUGUCUUCCUUUGGAGAUAUAGUCCAGUGGUCUGGUUUCCCUGCGGAUUAUUGUGUAUCCAAUCGACUUCCGAAGACAAACCUAGGCACUCCUUGGGGCCAGAACGACACCGUAGAGCUGUGGGACUGGAGAGCUCAAGUGAGUGGCUAUGUAUGGCAGCCGGGAUGCCAGGAAAAUGAAAGGCGUCUGAAGCCGCAGCCGACUCCACAUAGUCUUAUCAAUGAACUGAUCUACGAAGGAGGAUGGCUCUUGAUCGGAGACUCUCUCAGUGCACAGUGGUUUUUGUCCCUUUCUUGUAUGCUUGCCCCCUACGUACGAGCAACGCCUUUCUGGACUCCAGACGUGCCGUGGAAUUCAACUCAGCAUCUAUAUCUCGACAGUGAGUCACCGUACGUGCAGCAAAUGAAACUUCCCAAAGACUUCGACAUCAACGUAACGCCAGUGGUCACAAUCUUGAGGAGCGGAUUAUUAUUGUCGAAACCUGAAAUCAUGAAUAUAGUCAAGAGGAACAAUCUUUUGCCAGGCAUCGAGUCAAUCGCUUGGAAUGAGACUGUUUUUGACAAUCCUCCAUCCUUAUAUCUUGACGAUUUUUUGAAUCCCACCUAUCGUUAUUCAAAGUUGGUCGCCUCCGCUGGUGCACAUUACACUUCAAAGUUAUUCAUGGAUCUUCCUCUAGACAAAGUCACAAGCGUUUUCCAUCAUGCAUUCGAGGAAUGGAUCCGAAUCAUCAAUAAAAUGUUGGAUGAUCCUCGAGCAAAAAACAAGAAAGUAUUCUAUCGAACUGCUACCGCUGGACAUCAAGACUGUCAUCUUCCCGAGCGGCUAGAUGGAGGUCCCCUGGCCGAGGAAGAAGCUCUACUUACACCCGUUUACAAUUGGCAGGUGAUACCGAUCUUCAACAGGAUUGCUCGGGCUGCCAUGAGUAAAGUGCGCCACCCCAGAUUCAAGUUCCUGUCAAUUGACCGUCCGGCCAUGUUGCGUCCUGAUGGGCAUAUAUUGAUCGACUGCCUCCACUUCACUAUCGGAACUGGUGUGGUCGAAGGUUGGACAGACUUUUUGUACAGCUAUGUUUAA